AUGACCACGCGCUUCCCCUCCGAGCCCGACCCGCUCUCCGUCGCCUCCUCGGACGCCCUGCCCCCCGUUGACUCCAUCCGCUUCACCGAGCCCGCCCUCGACCGCGUCGAUGACCCCGCGCGCCACCACAAGGCCCUCGACGUCUCCGUCCUCGACGCCGACCACAACCACGACGACCACGCCCCGCUCCGCGACAGAGAUGACACCGAUGACCCCAUGGAGAGGGACAACGACCCCAACGGCGAUAGGCCAGACCGCCACGCGUUGGCCGACCACACUGACGAUGCGGCCAAGCCAGACCAAACCGAUUCGCGACACCCCGUGAUUGACCAGCACCCUUCGCAUCCGACUGACAAGCAGGUCCAUGCAAUUGCUCCGCCUCAAGACCCCACUCACGUCACUCUCGCACUGCCUGGUGACGAAACACCAGACCAAACCCAACCCGAUGAAACUGCCACCGCAGAACACGACCACCACCCAUCCGACCUCAACGAGCAUCUGCACAUCCACGCGGGCUCGUCCUCACAUCUCGCCGUCCUGAUGCCUCCGCACGCGCAGUCGCUAACAGGGCCGCCGGCUAUCCACCCGCCAACCCCGCCACAGCCUGUCAAAAAGAAGCGACGGACGUACAACACGGAGGAGGAACGUCGGAAAGCCCGAAUUUUGAAAAAUAGACGCACUGCAGAGGAAAGCAGGCAACGCAGGAUGAAGAAAAUGAAGGACCUCGAGGAUUACGCUGAGACAGCCGCCAUCAGGGAGAAAAAGCUCCAGGAGGAGACUCGCCUGGUCAAACGUCAGCUCGCAGCAAUGAGAGAUUCUAUGGAUGAAGUCGUAGCCCAAAAAGAGGCUGAAAUUGCUACGAAAGACGCCGAAAUAGAACGACUACGCGACGAAUUGAGGACUCGCUAAGGAAUCACCUGUGGACCCCGUCCUCAUGGUUUAUUCAUCAUAUCCACAUUUUUCUAGAGUUACCGCUCUCUCCUGCCAACUUUUAAGUGCCCCAAACUACUAUGUACAUACAGUAAAGAUCAUUCACGU